GAGAUCAGAUACACAACUAAACUAUCAGUAAAACUUUCAAAACGACACACAUUUUCCCCUUCAGUUUUCCCCAUUUUUGAUAAAACAACAUGGCGUAAGUUAGAACUACUGUGUUGCAAUGUUGACCGAUUAUCCAGUGAAUCCUCUGAAUUCUGGUGUCUUUGGAAUCACACACCGCCCACACAGAAAGCAAGUGUCAAGCUUUAGGUCGGGUGGUGUUCGGAAGAGAUCCCAAAGCUGCUUUUUUGGAGUGGAGACCCUGGCUGAGCUGGUUUGGGAAGGCUGGGAGCCAGGGCUAGAAUAUACCAAAGCACUUUCUCUUAAAAGCAUACAUGGAAAACUCCAAAAACUGAGCUUUAGACCUCCUGUGUCCAAGUUCUUCAACACACUGUUUCCACAGACUAUCCUUCUGAGCCCAGGAACAUCUUUUUCCCUUCCAAUCACUUUUCGGCCGGUUGAGAAAUGUGAGUGUGUGGACACGAUAGAGUUCGAGUGUAAGGAAGGCUCAUUCCAGGUGUCUCUGCGUGCUAUAAUUCCUCACUAUGCUUUGGAAGUACCAGACACUGUAAUGCUGCCACCCUGUGCUGCCCAGCACAGCUCCCAAACCAGCUUUGUCUUUCAUAACUCUAGUAAGUUGCAGACUGGAUUCAGGUGGUCUGUGGAUCCUCCGUUCCAUAUCUCCCCUGAGACUGGGCAGUUAAAACCUGGAGAAGAGUGCAAGGUUACAGUAGAGUUUAAACCAAAGGAAGUUCAGGUGUACCAGGCCGAGGCCCACUGUGCUUUCGGUGAUGAUGGGGAGAACAGCUGUACUGUACUUCUGUGUGGCCUAUCCAAGUACCCUUAUCUCCAGAUCUGCACCGCUGAGCAGGAGGAAGACUGUAAGGCGCUUGAGUUUGGCAGCUUGGCAGUGGGAGAUUCUCUUGAAAGGCACUUUGAGAUCUACAACCCGUCCACUGUUAGCACAACAUUCACUCUUUCCUGGUUGAGACGACCGCCUCUUAUGGACGUGGUGUUCCGCUGUGAGGUGCGUGAGGGGAAGAUCGAACCUCAUUCAGUGUUGAAAGUCCCUGUGUGCUUCUCCCCACUCACGGUGGACUGCAGAAGUGUGGACUACCUCUGUCUUACCUGUCCUGGUGCUGUAAGCAAAGAUCUGCUCAGAGUGUCUGGAUCCUCCGUAGGACCAAUAGUAUUUCUAAGUACCUCUGUGUUGGACUUUGGCUGUGUUGAGGAGGGCACAGAGGUCACUCACACACUACAGAUAAUAAACUCGUCUGCAGUAUUGGCUUAUUACCAGUUUGAUGUGAACACUUGCCACAGUGUGUUCGUUGUUGACCAACCUGGAGGCACCCUGCCAGGCAACAGCAGACUCACCUUGCGUGUGAAGUUUCGACCACACCACCCUAUUGCUCAUCACAAGAUACUGACCUGCUUGCUUCUCCACAGGGAGCCUUUGUUUCUGGAUUUGAUUGGCACCUGUCAUUCAGAGCAGUUGAAACCAGCCAUUUUAAACCCCAGACACUUGAAUAAGGACAGAUCAAAUCUGUUAAGAGGACUCACCUGUUACCCUCCAGACAUACUGAGUGCCAUGCUGGAAGAACAUAAACUGAAGCUGGAUGAUAGCGGAGCUUUGCAGAUUGCAGCAGAAGACAACUCCACUCCCCUCUUCAGACCACGGAGUUCUCUAGAAGAGUAUUUCCACAGUAAUUCAGCACCUGAAGCAGAAUUAGGACUUGAAAACACAUCAAACCCAUCUAAGUUCUCUACCCACCAUGUUACGGCUCAACCUUCUGAGCUCCUUUUUUAUGAUGGCACAACAUCUAAGUCAGUCUCCAUAACCAACCACACAAAGGGCAAGAUCUGUCUGGCAUGGACUCCUGGCACCAACUGUUUCUCCAUCUCUCCUCUCUCCUGCGAACUGAGCCCUCUAAAGUCCACAACCUUCAGAGUGGCAUACGUUCCCAACCAGCAGAACAGCUUCCAUGCAGAACAGCUUGAGUGUUUUGCUUUUUACAAGGUUCUGAAAGGCAAUAGAUAUGUGGAUGAUCACACUUUGUGUCCACCCUGGUGCUUUACAGUCAGGGUGAGCGGUCACUCUUUUCAGCCUGGAAAAGAGCAUUUCGUCCCUAGCUUCUCUCUUCAACACUCUCGAAUAGUAUUUCCUGCACUGAAACAGGUGUCAUACCGCAAUAUUCUCUUGAAGAACACAGGGGACCUGCCAAUGACCUUCAAACUGGACUCAGAGGAGUGUCCCUCAGUAUGUGUGCUGCCACCUAUUGGUCUGGUGCCACCUGGUCACCACCAAAUUCUCACAUUCAGAUCGACUCCAUCCCAGGAUCACACUGCCAGUAUGCCUUUGACAUUGCAGCUAAAUGCCAGCCCCAAACACACACAGGUGCUGAAUGUGGUUGCUGCAACAGAGAAACCUUCUAUGGCUGUGGAGGAGGGUGGAAGUCUCUUCUUUAAGCCCACGGCAGUGGGCUCCUGCUCUGAACGAAACCUGUGGGUGAAAAACUUGAGCAGGAUGCCCGUGGAGUUCCAGUGGAAGCUGUGUGGAUCCGACCAAAGAGUUUUGUCUGUAUAUCCAGAUUCAGGGACACUCCAACCCAAUGAAUCCAAGGUACAGAAGUGGUCUUUUGCUCCUCCGCAAGAGAUGAUGUACAACCUGAAGGCUAGUCUUAUGUACUGGCCUGUUCAAACACCACAGUGCAAGAAGUCCCAUCUUACAGUUAAAGCAGUCGGAUUGGCAUCUAAAGGCUGUCUAGAGGCAGAGCAUCCUAUUAUAGAUCUGGGUGAGGUGCUUAUUGGAAGCUGCAAGUCCUUUGAUGUUCCUCUACUGAACAACAGCUCCUGUGCCUUCAGUUACUGUCUGAGCGCACAGCAGAGCAUCACUGUUACAGAUCUUCCUGAAGACAUGACUCAAGAUCCUUUGGUUCUGGAGAUGGAGAAUGUAAAGGGAACCAUUCCUGCACACUGCAGGCUACAGGUCCGCUGCACUGUGAAACUGGCUCGCAGAGCCCAUCACUGCUGGACCAUCGGUUACUACAUCAUCAAUGCAUCUGGCUCUGUGGGUGAAGAGCCCCAGUCAGUGUGCCAGGUGCAGGCAGAAGGCGUGUACCCCACACUGGAGGUGACAGAUGUCCGUAGCUGUGGCAGUGUGGAGAGGCUGAGCAAACUACAGCUCUGGCACUUCUUCAAUCUGGACACACUCAAUACUUGUCUGCGCAGAGAUCCCAGGCCAUCUGAGCUUACCUUCAGGGUGCCCACCAGACACAGUCUUCAACGCUGUCCUGCUGUCUUUACCUCGGCCAUGAUGGAUUUUAACUUUAGUGCGGCUCCACUAAGCUCAGAGCCUUCCAGUAUUCUGCUCAUGUUUAAGAACACUGGAAGUAUACCUGUAGAAUGGUCAUUUUUGUUCCCAGAGGAUCAACAGAUUGAGCUUGAACACUGGGCUGAGAAUGGAGAUUUCAGCCCUUCUGAGCUUCACAUGAUGAAGGUUCAAGACCACAGACUCUUCUUGGUCUCUCCACGCUCUGGUAAACUCCAGCCCAGCCAACAGAGGGCAGUUCAGUUCACAUACAGACAUGACUUUGUAGGAACAAAUCGUCUUCCGGUCCUGUUGAAACUUUCACAUGGAAGAGAGAUACUGCUAAAUUUUAUAGGAGUAACUGUGGAAAGAGAUAGACGCUACAUUCAUCUACCUUCAAACAGACACUCAUUUGCCCCUGUGGCAAUUGGAGGGUUCAGCCCACCCACACAGGUGUAUGAGCUGUAUAACGCAGGUGAUCUCCCACUAAGAUACCACAUCGACACCACUCCACUGGAGCAGCUGAUGGAAGAAAACUUCAGUCACCCUGUCUUACAGUGUCUGAACCCUGACGGAGAGCUGGAGCCAGGACACACAGCCCUUGUGGAGUGGAUUUUCUCACCACUGGAGGCUAAAACAUAUAGUGUGGACAUUCCUAUUCAUGUGCUGGAGGGAGACAGCAUGUUUGUUACUUUUGAGGGCCAUGGCUUCGAUGAAGGACACUCAGAACCCAUUCAGGUGAAAGAUGGAUGUAUUACUAUGCCUAGCACUCAAAAAAUCCCAGUACCUGGACAGGUGGUGUUCCUGUCAGAGGAGAGGGUGUGUUUCGGUGAUAUUCCAGUGAGCUCUCGAAGUACGCGAAUAAUUUUUUUGACCAACGUCUCACAUACAGACCAAGUCUUGUAUAAAUGGAAUGUAGACUGCCAACAGACUGUAGAGAUACGUCCUGAGAGCGGCCGUCUAGCGCCAGGGGAGAGCGUUCUCACCAUUCUGACAGUACAAGCUUCAGGCAGCCCCACUUUCUACCAGCAAGACCUCAUCUGUGAGAUCAUUCUUGAAGAGAUGCUAAUACAGUAUCACAAAGACCUUCAAGACUGGCAGGUUGAGGUGGAGAGACAGAAAUAUGAGUUUACUAUCACUGAAAAAGACCUGAUACAAGAAAGUCAAAGGGAUAAAUGCACUCAGGCAGGUGCAGUGUUUAAACAGAAAACUGGUGCAAGAAAAUAUAAGACACUUCCACCCAUCCGUAGCAUUGACCAAGUGGUGAGUCCUUCCACGAGACCCAGUCGGGCUGAAAGACAAGCCCAGCAGCAGACAGGCCUGGAAGGUAGAAGACAUCCUGAGCCCCCCCAUCCUGCAUUACUCCACUUGGGUGUUACUGCACGCUCACACACUCUAAUGGAGUACCAGGCACAUUUCCCAACUCAAUUGAACACUCAUUAUAUACACAGGUGUAUGCAGUCACAGCCUUCUCAGUCUGACAAAGAUCAGAGCUGCCAUUUCCGUGCAGACCUGCCCCCUCUCGCCCACGGUCCGGAGAGAGAUAUCAUCACCCAUGUUCUCAACUCUGUACUAUGGAGUCUUCUAGAUGAUCGUCAGUUCCAGCACUCUGUGACCCAGCUGCAGCCGGCCACGCCUGUCCCCACAUCAGCCCCCUCAGCUGUGGGUACCCAGGACCCUAAAGAAAUGGAUGGUCUGUCCAGUGCUCCUCCAGCAGACCCUAACACAGAAAACCCCAGCACUGCAGACACACAGAAGAUGAGUGAAUGUGACUCAAAUUUACCUGAGGAAGAGUUAAAGAUGAAGGAGUCCAUUUGCAGGUUGCCUGAGUUUUGUGACCUGGUUGAGGACAUUUUGCUCAACACUCUGCAGAACCAAAUGAUGGAGGCUUUCUUGGGCGAGUUGGUGCUGACUGCACGACCACGAAUCAUUGCUCUUCCCCCGUCUCCUGCUAGGGAUGGAACACACUUGGUGACCGGAGAGAUGGACGUUCCAGGAUUUGGGUACAGGUAAGGGGUGUUGGGGUGGAGAUGGGAUGAUUGGAUAUGACUUGCGAACCGAUGGAGGAGAAGAAGUAUAUCAGGAUGUGGAGAUUUUGGAGAUCACCAGUAAGUAGCAUACGCUAGGGUAUGAAUUUUUCACCACAAUAGAGACCAGACACUGUGGCUGAGUGAACAGUUUGUUCUUAUAGUGUUUUUGAUGAGGUUAGAUGAUGAGAGCUGUUGUGCAUGAUCAAUAUUCUGGUUAUUGAGUGCAUUGAGUGGUGGAAAAGCCUGGUGUAGCCGUGACAAAUAAUAAUCACAUUAGAUUAAAAUACACAGCCCUACCACUUUGAGGUAAAUCAUUAUUCUACUGAAAUAUAAUUCACAUAUACAGUAUAUAUAUCUCAGCAAACACAUUUUGAGCAUUUAGAAAGUUCUUAAGUGUUUUGCACAUUUUUUUACAUCAUCUAUACAAAAUUUAUCGCUCCCUGACAUGUCUUAUUUAACAGCUAGUCACUUCCUUCCCUAACCCUAAAAUAGUUACGACUGAUGUUUGAUCCAGACAAUACAUACCACAUAUAAAGUAAUAACAAAACAUUUGGGUAAUCUUUCUGACCUGACAUGAAAACAGAGUAAAAUACUGAGAACAAAUUGAAUGCCUGGAUAGGAUACUCCACCUAAAAAUGAAAAUUCUGGAAAAAAUCAAAGGGUCAAAGGUGCCCUAGAACUGUUUGUUUUGCUAAAUUCUUUAAAUAUCUCUAAUAUCUGUUUCAUAUAUAUAAUUUUGUUUUCAACAGAACAAAAAAAAUGUAUUAUGGUAAUUAUGGUAGUCAAUGAUGUCCCAGAAAUGUCAGUUGCUAACAUUUUUCCAAAUAUCUUUGUGUUCAUCAGAUAAAAGAAAUGUAUUCAGGUUUGGAACAACUUGAGGGUGAGUAAAAGAUGACAGAAUUUUCAUUUUUCGUUUUUACCAGAGGGGUAGAAUAGAAUUGAGGUUACGGUUGAGCAGUACUUUUAAGAAGUUAAAGCAGAGGACGGCUGCAGGACCAGACAGUCUUAGUGCAUUUAUUUUGCACAAAAAUUGUGCAGCUUAUUUUUCAGAGUUCCCUAGAUACUCAUAUUGUUCUGGCAAUGUGGAAGACGUCACAUUUAAUACCUCUAGCCUUAUCUCCAAUUAUUAUAAAAGCCUUGGAAAUUAAAAAAUUGUGGUAAAACAGCUGUUAAAAUCAGUAGAGGGUAAAUUACGCAUCAGUUUGGAUAUAAGCAGAAUCAAAGUACUGAAGAUGCAGUAGUAACAUUGUCUGAUCUGAUCCAGAAACAUCUAGACAAGCCUAAAACUAUAGCUCAUGUCCUUUUCUGGAUUUCACAUCAGCAUUCAAUACGAUACAACCAGAGCUUCCAUUUACAAGAAGGAGGCUAAGACGCUUUGGUGCAAGCAAACAGAUCUUGCUUUUGUUUUUUCAAUCGGUUAUACAAAGUGUUAUAUGGAAUGUGUGCAUGGUAUAGUUGUCUUUCAGUUCAAACCAAAGCUAGAUUGGUCAGAUUGAUCUCUAUGUGUUCUAAGAUUGUGGGCCAAAUGUUAGAGCCAAGGCUGUAUGAGAAAAAAAAUACUGUCCCUGACUAGGGUUGUAAUGGUAUGGGUAUUCACACCAAACCGUCACGGGUAACAUUCCAAAUAUAUUCAUCAUUCCUAUGACCUACUUAGGGAGUAGGGCAUAUAGGAAUGAUAACUUCAUUUGGAAUUUCCCCUGUGUACCGUUACACCCCUAUCCCUGGCAGAUAAAACCGUGGCUGAUUCGUCCCAUAUUUUAUAUGAAGAAUAUCAAUUUCUGCCAUCAAAUAGAAGAUUUAUAGUACCAUAUGCUAGAAUAAAUAAUAAUUCCUUUGUUAGUCGAUAAAAUUACUAAAUGAGAAUUGGGGAUCGAAGUAGACCUUAUGGUUCUGAAAAAAUGGGUUGUGUAGGGGGAUGGGUAUGUUUUGUUGUUUAUUGUGCUGUUUAUUUUUGUGUGAUGUGGAUGUGUAUUCUAUUCAUGAUUGUCAAUACAUGAAUAGAAUACACAAAAUGAUUACCAAAUGAUUGUAAGAUAGUAAACAAUGUGGGAUGUGAGACAAAUUUUGGAAGAAAUUCCAACAUUAAAUCAUCCAAAAAGGCAAACGCUCUGUGGUUAAACUGAGGUCAUAAUGGUGAUAAAUGUGCAGCAGAAUGAGGAAUCUGUUCUCUCAUGCACAUGUGAUGGUUUUAUUUGUGUUUCUGCAUGUGCAUGUGCUUGUUGCUAUUUUGAGAGCACAUGCCAUGACGAAGCUCUCUUCCUCUGGGGGGAACUGACUGUCUGAAUUUUUUGAGGCUGAGAGAUGCACCUGACAAGAACUAUAAAUGUAGAGCAUAACAACAAGUUUGUAUGGAACAAAAUGACAUUUCUGAUGUGACUGUUAACAACAAUUGCACUUUAAAUGUUACAUGGAGUUGUUGCAGGCCAGGUGUUUAAACGACAUUAUUUACGAGGCUACUUUACCUUGUUUUGAAUAUAUUUUAUAUAUAAAUAUAUUGUUUUGCUUAAUAAUAAUGUGUAUAUAUGGCCAGCUCUGAGCUUGACCACAAAGUAUGUUUAUGCAUGAUGUAUAUGCUGAAAUAGGAUGACUUAUAUAUACUGUAAUACAUAAAUAUGAAUUAUUAUUUAUAAAUGGCACCUUAAGACUUCAUAACCUAUAAUAAUACAAACAUAUAUAAAAUAUGUUACAUUAAAUUGUAUUUGAACAAACCUCUUAUGAGUUCUUGGUAUAAAGAUGCUCAGAAGUACAUUGCUAUUGUCCUAUUGUUCAUCACAUUCCUCCAGCUGAACAUUUUGUUUCUCCUUUACAUGUAUAUGUCUUCUCUGUUCUUUCGUGUCCGCAUUUAAACUGUAUGCACUUGUAGUCAAAUUACGUUCACAUCGCAAACAGCUCUGUUUGUCUUUUCAAGACAUUGCUUCCUUUAACUUUUUCUAGCUUCUCUUUAAGUGUUUUUUUUUUCGUUUGUGUCAUUUUAUCGUUUCAUUUUCUUCCCCACAUAUGAAAAUACUGACUUCCUGCCUGACUGCCUUGUUAACCACUGCAGUCAUCUGAAAACAUUUGCUUUCUGCACAGUAUGUCA